CCCAAAUUGAAGUACAUUCUUGGCUGUCUUCAAUUAUUGAAGAAGAACAUCUUGCACAUCUUUUUAAAGUUUCAGUGUCUACAGUAAGUUGAGUUUUUAUUACCUGGGUUAAUUUUAGGUACCUAAGGUUAGGACAAAUCAAUAAUAAUUAUUAGCCUUCUAGAGCAGCUAUUGAGGAAACUAUGCCGGAGGAUUUUGAGAAAAAAUAUUCUUCAACCAGAGUUACUAAAGCCUGCAUAGAAGUUAGAUGCCAUAUGCCAAGUUGUUUACAACUGAAUGGUAAAUUGUUCGGUAAUUACAAACACCAUACAACCCUUAAAGGUUUAAUUGGAAUCAGUCCCGGAGGUGACAUAACCUUUAUAAGUCAACUCUACAAAGGAAACAUUUCAGACCGGGAGAUAGUUGCGAGAAGUGGUUUCCUUGAUUUGCCUUUUAAAGACAAUGACUCAGUCAUAGCAGACAAAGGGUUCACCAUUCAAGAUCUGUUACCACUGGAGUUCUAGCCAAAAGCCUGCUGAGGAUGAUGUGAAGACUCAAGAAAUUGCCAGUUUGCGCAUACACGUAGAAUGUGCAAUCAACAAGACAAAAAAAUUCCACAUUUGGGAUGGGGUUGUACUGCUCCACCAGUUUGGUCUUUUAAACCAGAUGUGGUCUGCGUGUGCGAUAUUAGGUAAUGCUCAACCGGACAUUAUUUCUAUACUAUUUAACUGAAAGUUUUGCCAAAAAUCAGGUGCUAGUCAUCCUGCUCAAUAAAUUGAAGCUACCGGUAUUGUGUUAAAACGAAUUUUAAUGACUGGUAACAAGUAUUUUUGUAAAUGUGUCACUGUACCUUGGAACAACCUAACAUUAACCUUGAAGUCUCAAUAUGGAUUGUGAAUAGACCAAUUCUUCUUUAUGGUCUCCCUAUUCAUCCCA